AUGAUAACGGAGAAUCAACCGACAAAACACAUUCCAUUGAAACAAGUCAGAGUCCAAGCUAAAAUUCACUCCUUUGCCGCUGAUGUGACAAUUACACAACUGUUUCAAAAUAAUGAACAAACAUCGAUUGAAGCUGUCUACUGCUUUCCAAUUGAAGAGAAUGCAGCUGUCUACUCAUUCACAGCUAAAAUUGAUGAGCGUGAAAUCAUUGCACAAUUGAAAGAAAAAAAGGAAGCUCAACGAGAGUACAGUGAAGCAUUGCAACAAGGUCACGGUGCUUACCUGCUAGAACAGGAUGAAAAAUCACAGGAUUGCUUCGUCAUCAAUGUCGGUGCGUUACCACCGGGCAAGGAGUGUGAGAUCAGAAUUAGUUACGUAACAGAAUUGGAUUUAGUUAGCGGUGGCAAUAAAAUCCGUUUCGUCAUUCCAACCACCAUUGCACCACGUUACAAUCCAAACGAAGGAGCCAUCUCUUCAACAGUCGCUGGCACAACAUCUCAAUACGUUCAACAGACACCGUACACACUUGAGUUUGAAUGCAAAAUCGACAAGCUGAAUCAGCUAGUA